ACAGCCUGCCCUGCAGUUUUUCAAUUUGCAGGGAGAAUAUGUAUGCGCCUUUCUUUUCUACACCUCUGCAUAGUGUUCCUCAGAAAUCUCCAGAGACCCCGCUCAAUCUCUGCUGAUUGACUGACAGCUGUAUGCUGUCGCUCUCUCAGGCGUCAUCCCUUCGGUCUGAAACAAACUGAGUCCAUUUGACCACUUCUGCUCGAUCAGGGAAGAAAACUGCCUCGAGCAGGGGACGGAUAAAUAAAUGUUUUGAGGACUACACUUCCCUGAGAAGCUCGGCUGCAUCACCGCUUAUCUUACUCUUCUUCUAUUAUAUUCGAGUGUCUCUAAAGCAGCUUUACACGAUGACAACAUUUGAUUUCUCGGAUAUAGAGGCGUUUUUGGAUCUCCAUCCAGAUCUUUUCGAGGAGUACCUCAUUCGAAAGGCGAAGUGUGAUCAGGUGAGCAGAUGGCUAAAAGAGCACCCGCCUUCCAAAGUCACUACAGCCGAGGAGAAGCGCGGCGCAGCCAGGGACCCGCUUUGGCCGACCAACCCGGACGGGCUCCGUCGCAGAUCGUCCCACAUGGAGCUGCGACGAAACUUUGCUCGCUCCAAAGCCACUACCGCACACCGGACCUACGACGAACAUGUGAGCCUGAGCGAGCAUGACUCCCAGUCUAGCAUGAGGCGCCGCGCGCUCCUGCGUAAAGCCAGCUCCCUUCCUCCGACCACAGCGCACAUCCUGAGCGCGUUGCUGGAGUCCAGGGUCAACGUGCCCCAGUACGCGUCCAGCGCCAUCGAUUACAAAUACAGACUCAAGGAAACCAACGAGAGGGAGUUUUUUCUGGAGUUGGUGAAGGAUAUUUCCAAUGAUUUGGACCUGACAAACCUCAGUUAUAAGAUCCUGAUAAAUGUGUGUAUCCUGGUGGAUGCAGACAGGUGUUCGCUGUUCCUUGUGGAGGGACCCGCGCACAAGAGGACGCUUGUGUCCAAAUUUUUUGAUGUGCACUCGGGUACCACAGUCAGGCCAUCUUCAAGCACCCUGAACUCAAAUGAGGUACAGGUUCCGUGGGGAAAAGGAAUCAUUGGAUAUGUUGCAGAGCACGGGGAAACUGUAAACAUACCAAACGCAUAUGAGGACCACCGCUUCAGUGAUGAGAUCGACAAGUUAACAGGCUACAAGACUCAGUCCAUCCUCUGCAUGGCCAUCUGUAACAGCGAUGGAGAAGUCGUUGGUGUUGUACAAGCAAUCAACAAAAAUCCCAUGGGCACACCCUUCACUGAGGAUGAUGAGAAGGUACUGCAGAUGUAUCUUCCUUUCUGUGGAAUAUCUAUUUCCAAUGCCAAGCUUUUUUCAGAGUCUCGCAAGGAGUAUGAGAGGAGUAGGACUCUGCUGGAGGUGGUAAAUGACCUGUUUGAGGAGCAGACAGACCUGGAGAAGAUUGUGAGAAAGAUCAUGCAGCGAGCGCUGACGCUCCUGCAGUGUGAACGCUGCUCUGUGCUUCUUCUUGAAGACAUCGACUCACCUGUUGUAAAGUUCUCCAAGACGUUUGAGCUCAUGUCUCCUUUGUGCAACGUGGACCGUGACAUCGGCAUGGAGAAGCUAUCCUGUUCUGAUUGGCUGAUCAAUAACAGUAUUGCUGAGCUUGUGGCUUCCACAGGACUGCCUGUCAACAUCAGCGAUGUGUGUCAGGACCCACGCUUUGAUGCCGAGGCGGAUCAGGCAUCAGGGUUUCACAUCAGAUCAGUCUUGUGUGUCCCUAUCUGGAAUCGGACUCAUCAGAUAAUUGGUGUUGCUCAAAUACUGAAUCGCUUGGACAGGAAGACCUUCAGUGAUGCAGAUCAGAGACUGUUUGAGGCAUUUGUGAUAUUCUGUGGACUGGGAAUUAAUAAUACGAUGAUGUACAAUCAAGUGAAGAAGACGUGGGCCAAGCAGUCUGUUGCACUGGAUAUGUUGUCCUAUCAUGGUACCUGCUCCAAAGUGGAAGUUGACAGACUCAAGGCAGCGAAGAUCCCUCUGAGCAGUGAGUUGGGCAUAGACGAGUUCCACUUCAAUGACUUCUCCUUGGACAAUGACGCCAUGAUAACUGCUUCUCUUCGGAUGUUUCUGGAGCUUGGAGUCGUCCAAAAGUUUAAAAUCGACUAUGAGGUUUUGUGUCGCUGGCUUCUGACUGUGAGGAAAAACUACCGAACUGUGGCAUAUCAUAACUGGAGACAUGCCUUCAAUGUGUCGCAGUGCAUGUUUGUUAUGAUCACAACAGCCAGCUUCCAGCUGUCAGAUGCCGAGAUACUGGCACUGAUGGUUGGCUGUCUGUGUCAUGACUUGGACCACCGAGGCACCAACAAUGCAUUUCAAGCCAAGACAGGUUCUGCUCUGGCUCUUCUCUACGGGACAUCAGCCACCUUGGAGCAUCAUCACUUCAACCAUGCUGUCAUGAUUCUGCAAAGUGAGGGUCACAAUAUCUUUGCAAACCUCUGCUCUAAGGAGUACAGCAACAUGAUGCAACUAUUGAAGCAGGCUAUUCUCUCCACAGACCUUACUUUGCACUUUGAGCGCAGAACCAAAUUCUUUGACUGUGUUCUCUCUGGAGAAUUUGUCUGGACAGAUGAAGGACACAGAGAAGUCCUCAGGUCAAUGUUGAUGACCGCAUGCGAUCUUGGUGCUGUGACUCGUCCUUGGAAGAUAUCCAAACAGGUUGCAGAGCUGGUGACGAGUGAAUUCUUUGAACAAGGUGACAGAGAGAGGUCUGAGCUUAAGUUGACCCCAGCGGCUAUAUUUGACCGCAACCGCAAAGAUGAAUUACCUGCUCUUCAGAUGGAGUGGAUCGAUGGGAUAUGCAAACCCCUUUAUCUGGCACUGCUGAAGCUCAACAGGAAGCUGCAGCCAAUGGUCGAUGGAAUUGAUGCCAAUAGAAAGAAAUGGCAGGAUCUGUGCUCGUCCGAUCAGGAAACACACAGAGUCUCAGUGCCCAGUCUGUGUCAUGAAUCGGAUCAGACUCCUGAUCCCCAAAAAGACACUGAACCUAAUGAACAACAAGACUCCACAGGUACUUUGAAGCCAGUUGAAAACACCAUAUUUGGAACAAAGUCCAACUGCAGUCAGGAUCAGAGGUGCAGAGUGAACAAGGGAUCUUGUGAUGAUUAAAUAGAACCAGCUUUUAACAUAUCAUCUGCAGCAAAGAAAUAAAGCAAGCUAAACAUUGAGGGGUUUGUCAACUUAAUAGCUCACAUGGGACCCUUCUUAUUCUGUGUGAUUUUCUAACAAAUGCACUACACUUUUUGCAGAUUAUCUGCUGAGCACACUACUCCCAAGUGUCACUGUGUUGAACUCAGGACAGGGAAGAAUUCCUGUAAGACAAACUAUACUAAAAAGGCAGUUCCCCAUAUCUACCUAUCUAUCUACUUAUUGACCUAACUAAAAGCUUAAGAAUGAGACACUACUGAUGAAACCAAAGAAGGCACUGUAAUGUUUUCGUAAUGGAACUGCCUCCAAACCACCUUAAUUAAAUAUAGGCUAAAUGAAUCACUGUGAUUUCUGUCAGUCACAUGAAUUGCCAUUAUGAAUGUACAACGGAGCAUGAUCUUGUUCCUGAAUGUUCCUUACAUACAGGCUCUCUUACCUCAGUUGCAAAUCUUUAUGGCUGCAUGGCAUUAUUUUAACGCUAGUAGGUUUGCUGAGCCUCAGGCCAUGUAUUGCAUGCAUAUGUAUCAUAUCAGUAAAUGUACAUGCACAUUGACACAUUUGUAGAGAUCCCGAACAUGUCUGGUUAAGGAAUGAAGCGGAAGAGUGUGAAAGGCCAAAUGCUAGUGUUUUGGUUUUAUAGUGAAAGUCACUGUUCAAAAUUAUAACUCCUCAGGCCAAUUGUGCGUGUGUGUGUGUGUGUGUGUGUGUGUGCGCGUGUGUGUAGAUAUAUGUGCUGCUCAUGUUUGUAUUCAACCUCGCAAUUCCCAUGAAAGUAACUGCCUGUAAAUGUAGGCCUUUAGCAUUUUUCUUUUGGAAUAUUUAAAGUUCAUGCAAAUUAUUUUCAUUCUUUAUCUACUGAGUGAAAGAAACAC